AACUAUCAUUGCUCAGAGGAAAGAAAGACUAGAAGACAGAGGACAGCAGUUGUUGACAGGAAGGAGAAGUCCUGUAAAUGAUAAGGAUAUGAACUUUGAGGACGUGGCCAUUGUAUUCUCUCAGGAGGAAUGGGGGCUCCUUGAUGAGGCUCAGAGACUUCUGUACUGGGAUGUGAUGCUGGAAGUGUUUGCACUUGUGUCAUCUGUAGGUUGUUGGCAUAAAAUCGAUGGUGAUGAGGCCUGUUCUGUAUUUAUACAAGGAGAGUCGCUGGUCAGGGCUUCUAAGACAGCUCCAAGCACCCAGAAGAUUCCUCUGUGUAAGCGGUGUUUCUCUGUGUUAAAAGGUAUUUUGCACCUGACUGGUUCACAUGCAGCAUAUUUUGAGCAGAAAUCCUUCUGUAGUGACACACGUGUUGGAGACUUCUGUUUCAGUGCAAACCCUCACGAGCAACAGAGGAAUGAAUGUGGAGACGAGCCCUGGAAAGAAACUAUGGACAGGGCUUCCUUUGUGAGCAGGCCCAGCUUCUACUUAUAUUCGGUGCCUUCAGCCAGCAGGGAGGUUGGGGAAGACUUGCAGUACAACUCAGAGCUUCCCAAGCACCAGGCCACUCUCAACACUGAGGAGCUACCCUGUGGCAGUGAGAUUUCACAGAAAUUUCUUGAUGGAAAAAGUCAUUACCAUUGGGAUGAAUGUAAAGAUGCUGCCAGCCACAACCUGAAAGUUGUUCAAAGUCACGGUGACUGUUCUGGAGAACUGAUUUAUGAGUGUCACAAGUGUAGGAAAGUUUUUAGACGAAUCUUGAACCUAAUUCGACAUAAGAGAGUUCACACUGAAGCAAAGCUGUAUGAGUGUAGAAAAUGUGGGAAGUCCUUUUGUCAAAGGGCUCACCUCACUGAACACUUCAGAGUUCACACUGGAGAGAAGCCAUAUGAGUGUAGAGAAUGUGGGCUGUCCUUUCCUCUAAGGGCUCACCUCACUAAACACCUCAGAGUUCACACUGGAGAGAAGCCAUAUGAGUGUACUGAAUGUGGAAAGUCUUUUACCGAAAAAUAUAUACUGAAUAGACACUUCAGAGUUCACAGUGGCGAGAAGCCAUAUGAGUGCUGUGGUUGUGGAAAGUCCUUCAGUGAUAAGGCUGUCCUCAAACAACACCAGAGAGUUCACUCUGGAGAAAGGCCCUAUAAGUGUGGAGAAUGUGGGGUGUCAUUUCGUGUACGGUCUCACCUCACUGGACACCUCAGAGUUCACACUGGAGAGAAGCCAUAUGAGUGUACUGAAUGUGGGAAGUCUUUUUGCCAAAAAUACAACCUUACUAAGCACCUGAGAGUUCACAGCGGCAACAAGCCAUAUGAGUGCUGUGAUUGUGGAAAAUCCUUCAGUGAUAAAUCUUACCUCAAAGAACACCAGAGAGUUCACACAGGAGAGAAGCCAUAUGAGUGUGCUGAAUGUGGGAAGUCUUUUAGCCAAAACUCCAGCCUUAUUAAGCACCUGAGAGUUCACAGUGGCGAAAAGCAAUGUGAGUGCCGUGAUUGUGGAAAAUCCUUUAGUGAUAAGUCUUACCUCAAACAUCACCAGAGAAUUCACACAGGAGAAAAGCCCUAUGAAUGCAGAGAAUGUGGGCUGUCCUUUCCUCUAAGGGCUCACCUCACUAAACACCUCAGAGUUCACACUGGAGAGAAGCCAUAUGAGUGUAAUGAAUGUGGAAAGUUUUUUAGCGAAAAAUAUAAAUUUAAUAGACACUUCAGAGUUCACAGUGGCGAAAAGCCAUAUGAGUGCUGUGAUUGUGGAAAGUCCUUCAGUGAUAAUUCUACCCUCAAACAACACCAGAGAAUUCACACUGGAGAAAAGCCCUAUAAGUGUAGAGAAUGUGGGAUGUCGUUUCGUGUAAGGUCUUCUCUCACUGGACACCUCAGAGUUCACACUGGAGAAAAGCCAUAUGAGUGUACUGAAUGUGGGAAGUCUUUUAGCCGCAAAUCUAGCCGUAUUAAACACCUGAAUGUUCACACUGAAGUAAAGUAUUAAAUGUGCAGGGAAUGUUUUCUUUUUCUCACUUAGUAUAACAACACUGAAGGCGACUCUUUGGGACCUAUUUUUCUGAAUAUACACCCCAUUUAAUGGAACAUUCACUCUGAUAUAUUCCUCAUAAGUUUCAGGCACAAGUGAGGCUUGAAGGAGCUGCAUUGUACUUGCUAACAUGCCCAGACCUGCUAACUGAUUGAUGUCACAGUGAGCAUUUGUGGCUGAAGAGAUUUCA